AAGAAGAAGAGGAAAAAGAAAAGAACAGCGUAGAGCUCCACCUCUUCCCCUCACUGCAGAGUGCCUGUAAACUUUGUACUCAGGCUUUUGCUCCGGCUCUGCUGGUUCUCUCUGACCGCAAGGUGUUUUCAGCAGGGAGCAUGGCGCCGAAGAGACGGGCUGCUUCCGCUGUCAGGGCAGGUGGCAAGAAGGUCAAGGAGGAGCCUGACGCGCCAGAGCCCAAGGAUGCCUUCACCUCCGCAAAAGAGGCCCUGCUGGCUGCAGGGCCACAGGUAAACGGCGCAAGGAAGGUGGAUGAGCACUGCCCACUGUCAAGCUCCGGGGAGGUAUAUGAGGGCUACGACUGCACGCUCAAUCAGACGAACGUCGGCCAUAACAACAAUAAGUUUUACAUCAUUCAAGUUAUCGAAGCAAACAACAAAUACUAUUCAUGGAACAGGUGGGGUAGAGUGGGGGAAGUGGGACAGUCCAAACUUAAUGGGUUUGAUAAGUCGGACGGCGCUGUCAAAGAUUUUGAGAAAAAGUUUAAGGACAAGACAAAGAACAACUGGAGCGAUCGGACGACUUUUGUGUCUCACGCCGGGAAGUACACACUGAUUGAGGUGGAUGGAGAGCAGGAUGCUGAGGUCAAGGUGGACAGUGCUGAGGGAAGGACUGUCACAGUCACUAAAAAUGUCCUACCUUGUACCCUUGACAAUGCUACAAAAGAGCUCAUCCAGCUCAUUUUCAGCAAUGAUAUGUUCAAGGAGGCGAUGGAAUGUAUGAACUUAGACAUCAAGAAGAUGCCUCUGGGCAAGCUCAGUAAGCUGCAGAUUGCAAAGGGGUUUGAAGUGUUGGAGGAAAUCGAGGCAGCCAUGAACCAAAAAAGCGGAAAAGCGCGCCUGGAAGAACUGUCCUCGAAGUUCUUCACCACAGUCCCCCACAACUUUGGCCGGAGCAGACCGCCCACCAUUGACAAGAAAGAGAUUGUGGAGGAGAAGAAAGAGAUGCUCAUGGUGCUGGCUGACAUUGAGCUUGCCCAGACUCUGAAGUCAGAGACUGAAAAGGCUCGGGAAGAGAUGAUAGAGACGGUUCCCCACCCUCUAGACCAAGACUACAGUUCUCUAAAAUGCAGGCUCACUUUAAUGGACCAUGAUACGGAAAUUUUCAAGAACAUAGAAAAAUACCUGAAAGCAACUUCAGAUGGCUAUCGUAAACCAAAAAUUGUCAAUGUUUGGGAAGUCGAUCGAGAGACAGAGGGAGAGCGCUUUAGCAAGAAUGAUAGUAUGGAGAACCGCCGUCUGCUGUGGCAUGGUACAAACAUAGCGGUGGUGGCAGCUAUCCUGAGGAGUGGUCUUAGGAUAAUGCCCCAUUCGGGAGGUCGAGUUGGUCGCGGAAUCUAUUUUGCAUCUGAAAACAGCAAGUCUGCAUGUUAUGUACGCACCUCUAAAAAUACUGGAGUGAUGUUCCUGAGUGAGGUAGCCCUUGGCAAAGAAUAUACCAUCACCAAAGAUGACAGUUCCUUGAAGAAGGCUCCUGCAGGCUAUGAUAGUGUGGUGGCACGAGGAUCAAUUGAACCAGACCCCACCGAGGACAUCGUCAUCACCCUAGACGGCAGGAGGGUUUCUGUGCCUCAGGGUAAGCCCGUACAUCAGCCCCAGUUCUCAGACAGCUACUUCAGCAACAGUGAAUACCUCAUCUACAAAGAGAGCCAGUGUCGCCUUCGGUACCUGCUGGCGCUGAACAUGUAGCGCUAAUGCAACUCAAGGAAAGAGGCAGGACCUUUGAAAGAGAAAUGCUCCUCAGUCCUUCUGUAUAAGGGGCUUCUUGAAAAGCUUGGCUACUGUUGUUUUCUAAUAUAAUAUGGUUGUCGUCUUUAUUCCUACAGUUAUUGUGUAGAUGUUCCUACCAUAAGUGGUGUAUACAUCACUGUGCCUUAUAUCUCACGCAGUGUAAAACUGGCCUGUGUUUGACAGACUGCACGUCCUUAAUAACAAAUACUGAGAAAUUGUAUUUACUUUUUCCUUUACCAUAACAAAGAGAGUGUACUUUUACCAGUCUCCCGUUGGUGUCUUUUACCUGAUCUUGGUUUUUAAACAUCUCAAAGGGCUCUAAAUCUUUGCAAUAUUUUGUUUUUGAAAUACAUACUGCACUUUGUGUUCCAUUUGGCUUCUCAGCUCUGGUUUGAGUAGCUUACCUUUUAAAUAUUGUUUUUUUUUUAAUCCAAAUGGAAAUGAGAAUAUAAACCUAUUCCUCAGAAAGAAAAUAUCGUGGAAGUUUAUUAUGCAACUAUAUAGACAUUUGGAAUAAUAAUAAUAAUAAUAAUAGUAAUAAUAACAAUGAUAAUAUAGUAGAGCAGAAGUAAAAAUGGUAUCCUAUGCACAGAAAUGUUUACAGUUGGAGGUAUGAAGUUUACUUUAUGGCUAAUGUCCAAGUAUUGUUGCAAAUCUAAUAAUUUGUUGGACUGUUAUCAAAGACUCUGAAAGUGCUGCUGUUGUGUAAAGUAAUAUAAUAUGUAACUCAUGAAUUGCUUAGGCAAACUUCUUGCCCAGUGGGUCUUCCAGCUACAUUAUGUUGGUACCAAAUGUCACCAUGUGGUGUCAGUAGUGAGCAACUCCCUUUCGUAUGUAAUUGCCUCAGACAUAACUUGAACCAGUGAUAAGUUAAUAAACUGAAGCACCCUCCCAACGUG